UAGAAAGUCAUAAUCGACAUGGUUGUUCGCACCACAAGCAAAAAUGAAUUGGCGAGAAAAGAACCUCUCCGAGAAAAAGAAUCAAUUGUCAGUGUUGCGAGUACAUCAACAGCCCCACUUGAUCAUGUCACAGUUCCAAAUGCUCUUCCAUCACCAACUGAAUCACUGUUGGAACAUCCACAGUGGAUUCGAAAUCCGAAAGCUUUACGUUUUCUAGUUGGAUUACUCACAAGUAUGUAUGUACUUCUUCUAACCAUCGUAUCUUGUCUCAUUUCUAUCUCAUCUGCCUGGAGCUCGCCAGAUCUAUGGCUAGCUGAAACGAUUUUCUCACUAUUGAUGUAUCUUAUUGCAAUCUUGUUCUUCAUGUACACGUAUUUGAUGAUUAUUUAUCCAAAACCGAUUAACAUGUUGAUCAUGAUCUUGAAUCGAAAAACUUCAUUGGUGCCAAGACCAGAUAGAUGGCUUCUUUCCGACCCAAUACAUAAUGGAGAAGGAGCUGGCACCCUAUACUUACGACUUGGAGCCAUUUUCUUCGGAACACUUGGAAGUGUUCUUUGGGGAUGUGAAAUCUUCUUGUGUUUCUCUGGUGAAUGUGUUCAUCGGUUGGUCGUUGCCAAGCAUAUUGCGGCGAUAAUAUUCACAUUUCUACAAAUGCAUUUCAUAGUUUGUAAUUCAAAAAUCACAUUUCAUCGAUCGAAUAUUCUCGCAAGUUUUGGAAUGAUGCAUUGUGUAGCUGUAAAUUUAUGGACAUGGUUUUCCAUGUGUCUUGUGAAAGCGCAAGUCAAAAAGCUUAAAAAGCAAAAGAAAGAGCUGGAAUAUCAUAGUUCCUCAUCAUCUUCUUCUGAUUCUUCUUCCUCUUCCGAAGAAAUACUCGAACCGGAAUCUUCUACAUUAUUGGAGAACCUUAUCGAAGUAGUUUUAGAAAAGUUAAAGCCUGGAAAAGGAACAACAUAUACAAGCACUCCAUAUCCUUACACCAAUUCAUCCAACACAACAUCAUUGCUCCGAAUGCAAUCAAUGGUUCGUCUCGGUGACUUUUCAAGUUUUCUGCUCACUUGUCUCGUUGAAUAUUCUCUUAUUGGAGCAGCUAUCUGCUUCAUUAUUUGGAAAUAUAUGGGAGCGACAAAUAUUGAAAUGAAAGUUGAUAAAAAGAAGAAGAAGCUAAGAAUGGAUUGUCAUAACACAACAAUCGGUCUAUUCCUUGGAAUAUUUUUCAUGACUGCCGCUUUUGUAACAAUUGGAAUUUAUACAAUGUUGUAUAAUAAGAAGAAGACUCAAAGUGCUGAUUUGGUUAUUGGAAUUGUCAAUUUAAUUCUAUUCUGCGUCACGUUAUUGGCAACUAUUUUUGGAGCAUGGAGAAUGCGAGUACUCCAAUAUCGUCUUCAUGCUCAUGGGGAAGUUAUUGAUGAAAUUCUUUUAAUUAUCGGAUUAGUCGGAGAACUAAUAUAUUGUUCCAUUGGAUUUGAUAUGAUUGUUAAUGGGAAUCGAACUGGAAGUCAUGUUCCGAAUCUACCAAUCGCUGUAUUCACAUUUCGAAUAAUUCAAGUAAUAAUUCAAGCAAUGUACAUAUUAAUUGCAUCUCGUCUUCGAUGCUUAUCAGAAGUCAAUGCUCGAACUCAACCUGGAAAACAAACACUGACGUUUUUAGUUUUAAUCAACAUAACUCUAUUUGUCUAUCACACUUUCGAAGGAAUGAAGUCAACAUACGGAUUUCCAGCUCUCAUGGAAACAAAGUACUUUGAGCUUUUGAAUAUAUCGUCACCAUUGGUUGUUUUCUACCGAUUCCAUAGUUCAGCUUGUUUGGCAGAAAUAUGGAAGCAUGCCUAUUCUACAAAACAUCAUCAUCAUUCUCAUCAGACACCAAUUAAUUCGCCUACUUCCGAGUCUCAACAUCAUGUCUAAGCCCUUAAUUCAAAUGUUCAAUAUUUGAUUUCUUUUUUUCAAACUCACAUCACUUUGAUCUCAAUCUUUGAUACAAAAAUAUCGUAUAAAUUUCAAUUUCCAUUUUUUUAAAUGUACAAUAAA